CUAAAACGAGCGCUAAUUUUAGCUUAAAAACAAUCCGGGUCAAAAAAGUUGACUUCAUUUGGCGGGUAAUUAAAAAUUAGUUUCAAAAAAGGUCGGUGCUUCAUUCCACUUCUUCCUCAUUUAACGUUCAAAACUGUUUUGGUCAAUAUGAUCUCUUUGGAAGGAAAUCAGAGGAAAAGAGGUGAAAUUCAGGUGAUAAUCGGUCCCAUGUUGAGCGGAAAAACGACUGAACUGAACCUUCGCAUCCAAAGAUACAAAAUAGCUCAAUAUCGCUGCUUUCUCAUCGAACAGGCUAAAGACUCGGAAAGACUGAUUGAUCAGACUAAAAGAAAAUCAUUGGAGACUUACUUGGAACUUGCUGAUCAAUAUGAUGUGAUUGGUAUUGAUGAUGGACAUUGUUAUGACACAAUUGCAUCGUUUUCCAAUGACUUGGCUGACAAAGGUAAAACUGUGAUCGUUGCCGGACGUGACUCUACCCACCUGAAGCAGGGUUACCCAGCUAUCUUAUCAUUAAUCUCAUAUGCUGAAAGGGUAGACAAACUGUCUGCUGUCUGCGUUCAUUGUUCACAGGAUGCUGCUUUCACUCGUUUUCGAGAAUCUCAGGUUCAAGAAGACCAUUCCAGCCUCGCCAAACACUAUGAACCAGUGUGUCGAAGAUGUUUCAAGUUGCCUCAUCAGUCUUUCACUUCAAGAUCUCUCAAAUCUCCACAGGAAUCUUUUACUCCAAGACAUCCAUUGAAAGAAAACUUCAAAGAGAAUGUCACACCACUUCUGGAACAUUCAACUGCAGAGAUACCAGUUGUUACUAAACCAUCACCUCUGGUGCCGAAUCUUACUAUUACAUUGGAUCCAGCUCCCGUUCCUGCUCAAGACGAGGCAUUUAGUCCACCACCAUUGGCUAACUUGAAAAGUACUGUAAAUAGAACCAAGUUAUUCAGUAGUCCAUAAAUGACUGAAUAUUUUCAUUGGGGGUAUCCCCUGAAUAUUUUCGUUAGGGUAUCCCCUGAAUAUUUUCGGUAGGGUAUUCCUUGCAUAUUUUCAUUGGGGUAUUCCUUGAAUAUUUUUGUUAGGGUAUCCCCUGAAUAUUUUUAUUGGAGGUAUCCCCUGAAUA